GCUUCCCGCCGGCACCAACGCAAAGCCGCACCGCCGCUGACGAUGUUGUGAAUGAGGGGAUGGAGUGACGUCAGCGGCCGAAUGUCAACAAUGUAGCGGCUGAGAGUAGGCGUUCCAGUCGAGUGUAACAAACAGCGGAGACGGAGCGGCACGCCGCGCUGGAUUCUCCACGCACACAUCACACACGCGCGCGCAGUCGUACACACCGUAGAAUCACAGACGUUGUGUGUGUGUGUGUGUAUGUGUGUGUGUUUUUUUUUAAAGUGAGAAAUAACCGAGUUGCGGGCAGCUACGGGAUAAGAAGUCACCUUAUCUGCAGCCGGGAGGGCUUUGAGGAAACGACAAAGCGAGCCAUCAUGUGAAAGAACUUAUGUGGGAAACGGAAAGAAGGGCUGGAAUACGAGCGGAAUAGAAAGUAAAAGCUUUCCUGCGACAUUGGAUGAGUAAUUGUGGAUGAUAGGAGGGUCUGUCUGUCACGCUGCGGGGACGUCCUCCCCGCGCACUGCCAACCUGCCAAUCAUGACCUCUUUCUGACUGAUAGUGAUGUGGAUGUGUCUGUGUAUGACCGUGUACGCUGCUCGUGGAUAAAUGAUCACUAAUCACCAUCAGGAGAUGAAGGACAAGUCUGGCGUGAGCGGAAUGUCCGUGGAUGAGAAGCCUGAAGCCCCCAUGUAUGUGUAUGAGUCGACGGUUCAUUGUACCAAUAUCCUCCUCUGCCUCAACGACCAGCGGAAGCAGGAUAUCCUGUGCGAUGUGACUGUCCGGGUGGAGGGCAAGGAGUUCCGCGGGCACCGGGCCGUGCUGGCCGCCUGCAGCGAGUAUUUCCUACAGGCGCUGGUGGGCCAGGCGGAGAAUGGCUUGGUCGUUAGCCUUCCGGAAGAGGUCACUGCCAGGGGAUUCGCCCCAUUGUUGCAGUUUGCCUACACUGCUAAGCUGUUACUCAGCAGAGAAAACAUCCAGGAGGUCAUCCGCUGUGCUGAAUUCCUGCGCAUGCACAACCUCGAGGACUCAUGCUUUCGCUUCCUGGAAGCUCAGCUGCGCAGUGAGGAGGACGGCUUGCUGCUCUGCCACAAGGUGGCGGCGGAGGUGAACAACUCAGAGGAUGAGAGCAUGCAGUCAGAGGUGGAAAGGCCCACCUCCCCCAGGGCGCGGCGGUGUGCCGACGCCCUGUCCUCCUUUCGACACCCUGAUGAUGAUAGGCUAGCGAUGGCUGUGCCCAGUAACUUCAUGGAUGGUCGUCUGGACUUUGAUCGGCAUGGUGCGUCAGACCUGCCACGAUGCCCCAAGUACAGAAAAUACCAGUGGGCUUGUAACAAGCACAAUAAUGACACCUCCUCAGACACCAGUACCUCAGGUUUUCCAAGCACAUUAAAGGAGAGCAGCGUAAGUGGGGCAGUGCCAGGUCAGGGCAGGCUGCCUUUGGCCCAGAUCAAAGUUGAACCACAGGCAGAGGAAGAGGCCAUCUCAUUGUGCCUGUCAGGGGACGAGCAGGACGUCAGGGAUAAGGACAGUGUGACAGCCAUGGAGAUGGAUAACCCAAUAUCUGUGGAAAGAAACAAGAGAACCAAGUCCCCUUCCUGCCUCCGAGCCUUCUUCAAGAAAGGGGUGGACCACCCCAGUCUGCCCAACACAUCACAGCAGCUAUUCGCCAACAGACUUGUCUGCCCCCAGGACAAAGGAAACUCUCAGGGAGAUCAUAAAAAAGACUUCAGGCCUUUCACUGGGGAGCUGGGUCUGUCGGUUACAUCCCCAAAGGACAUGGACGGUUUCCCUGCAGGGUUGUCCCUCAAGUCCACUUCAUGUGAUGGGGUCUGCAAACAGGAAGUUGAGAUAGACCGCCGUAGUGUCAUAUUUUCCUCAGGGGCCUGCAACCGUCUGGGAACCCCAGCGCAUUCCUACCCUGGUGGGAACUCUUUGGAGAUGGAGCUCACUGAGCCCAUGCCAAAGGGCGUGUGGGGUGGAACCAGCCAGUCCCUCCCCAGCUCCCAGACCUAUUCUCCCAGCACCACCUCCUCUGAGCCCCCAAUCCUGUGCCGCCCACGGCCCAACACCAGCUGCCCAGUGCCAAUCAAAGUGUGCCCACGCUCGCCGCCUUGUGAGACACGCACCAGGACUUCCAGUUCCUGCUCUUCAUACUCCUAUGCGGAGGAUGGCAGCGGAGGCUCUCCCUGCAGCCUGCCCCAGUUUGAGUUUUCCUCCUCGCCGUGCUCCAAUGUGGCACGCUGCCUCAAUGUGGACCAGCAGGAGCAAAGUGUGGGAGGGGAUGCCCUUUUUAACCAGGUGCGGCCCAAGAUCAAAUUUGAGCAGUCCUACGGCACCAACUCCAGCGACGAGUCAGGCUCCUUCUCAGAGGGAGACAGCGAGUCCUGCCAUGUACAGGAGCAAGGGCCAGAGGUGAAGCUGCCUUUCCCCGUAGAUCAGAUCACAAAUCUUCCACGGAACGAUUUCCAAAUGUUGGUGAAAAUGCACAAACUGACCUCGGAACAGCUCGAAUUCAUCCAUGAUGUGAGGCGACGGAGCAAGAACCGCAUCGCAGCGCAGCGCUGCCGCAAGAGGAAGCUCGACUGCAUCCUGAACCUGGAGUGUGAGAUCCGAAAACUGGUGUGUGAGAAGGAGAAGUUGCUGAUGGAGAGGAACCAGCUGAAGGCGUGUAUGGGCGAGCUGUGGGAGAACUUCUCCUGCCUGUCGCAGGAGGUGUGCAGAGACGUCCAGCUGAGCCCCGAGCAGGUCCAGUCUUUACACCACUACUGCCCCGUGCUGCGGCCCGCCGACUCCACUGCCAGCAACAACGCCGCCCACCAGCCCAAGCCUGCCUCCAGCCCCGCCGCCAACACCACCACCAGCAUCGACCUCACCACCCACUCGGGCUCGGCCACGCCGGAGCCCAGCUUCCACGGGUCGCCCGGCCCCUCAGAGAGCGAGCCCGACUCAGCCGUCAGGAAUGGGGCGGACAGAGAUACGGACGGCCGGGACACCAGCUUGUACACAAAGUCAGGGCUGUCCGUGGAAAAAUCCAACCAGACGGUAACAGUGGAUUUUUGCCAGGAAAUGACUGAGAAAUGUACAACUGACGAGCAGCCAAGGAAGGACUGUACUAAGUAGUGGUGGUUCUCUGUGUUGUUUUUUAUUAUUUAAUUUUACUCUUCUGACAAACCCCUCUCUCGGGGUUGCUGAGACGGUCAGCCUCCGCCAGUGUUCACUGAUAAACAAGCUUUGUUUGUAUUUAUGUCUUUUUGUGCUGUUUUUUUUUUUUUUUUUUUUUUUGGAACGGUUGACACUAAAGUUGUCUUAACAGCAGCAAUACUGUUCUCCAGGUAUUCUCCUCUUACCAUGACAGAGUGGGGAACUUCUCACCAAACCCUUACAAUGGUGCUAUACUCUCCCCGGCAGCAACCUUUACAGUGGAGACUCUGUUCUCCGCGUCGUCACACAUCACAACUCAUAGUUGAACCUCAUCGGACCUAAACAGCAGCUCUCUUUGUCUCCCUGUGUACCAACAGUAUCUCUGUUCCUGCCUUCCUCUUUCUCAUUUUGCUCUUCUCUUUUUUUCCCACUCUGUCUCUAUCAAUCUCCUCUACCUCUCUCUGUCCCUCUCUCUCUCCCCCCCCCCCUCUCUCUCUCUCUCUCCGUCUAUGGUUCUUCUCUCACUAUAUCUCAGUGGCCCUUUUCGUCACAGCAAUUCAAACUCAGGAAAAUAAAAUAAAAUAUCCUCUGAAUGUUCAAUCUAAUUCGCCCUGCCUGAGUCCCAACUCUUUUGGAACCGCAGUCAACUUCCUCCUUUCCUGUACUUAGUUAUGCUAUGCUAUGUGCUAGGCUAGUCUAUGUUGAAAACCAUAUUUAAAAGAAGGUUUAAAGAUAAAAAGCGACAUUUACAGUACACUUGAUAAAUAGGUUGCUCAUCCACAUCAACUGUUAGCUAGCUAAUUAGAUGCCAUUAUGCUAACAUUAGUUAUCAGCAAUUAAUGUAGAAACCGCUAGCUACUCCAAUACUUGCUAGUGGUUUGCUAUGCAUGCUAGCUACCUAGCCAGCUAACGAUUGGUGUGCACUAUCUCUCUAUGUAUCUCACUUUUAUCUUUUAACAGUUAUCAAAAUGUGGUUGUCGUUUUUAACAUAAAUUAGCCUAGCACGUAGCAUAUCUACGUACAGGGAAGGAGAAAAGUGACAGAGGUCCUGACUGAGGCUUGCUCAACUGUUAUUGGAGCACAGAGCAAAAAGGGGCGGGACUUAGGAAGGGUCGAUUCCUAAAAAAUGAGAAUACAGCUUCUGUACGCGAGGGAGUUAAUGAUGCAGUUCGGCUGUAAAAUGUUCAUAUGCAAAAAUGUCUUCAAGCGUCUCGCAUUUGUAUUUCUGUACAGGACAACUUUGUACAGGCUGUAACCGAAAACAUUCCUCCUUGCCUUCCUCAGCACUGAAUUGAAAGGAAGAAAAAAAAAGUCUUUGCAGGCGGUUAAAUGGCUAUUUUUUAUUUCCCACUCAUCAGCAAUACCAUUGUAUUUGGAUGUUGUACUGGUGACUUUCAAGUGCUUGUUUGGCAGAAAUGUAAAUAGUAUGGAGCAUGAUGACUGUAACAGUGAUUUUGUACAGGUAGCGGCUUAGAUGUUUCUUUCUCACCGGGGUUAUAUCAAGCACCUUUUUGCUAAGGGAAAAAAAAAUCUUUGCUUUGCUGUUUCCUGUCCUGCCUAACGAAUACUCCCCAUCAUGGCGGGUGUUCUUAUACUCAGGAAAUCAGCUUGACACCCAUGUGUCACACUUAUACAGUACAUACAGAAACACACAUCAACACACACAUAGAAUUUUGAGCCCCAUGCAUGUAUAAAAAGUUAGACAUUCAAGACGUGUUUUUAACACGCAGGCUCAAGCCAGAUCCUGUCCACCUUUGACUCCUCUUUAAAUGUGAAAAAAAGAGUUCUGCCUUGUGUUUUUUCAGAGGAAAUCUUAUUUCUUAUCAGUAUUUAAAGACGCUAUUUGUGUACACUUUCGCAGACACGCUUUGGUUUUCUUCAGUGUUGCUGUUUGAUGUACGAGGGAAAGAGAACAGAGCGCAGCCUACAUCUAAGUUAACUUUCAUUUUUUUCAAACUGAUCCUGAAUAAAACGAAACACCUAUUGACAAAGGAAAAUAAUUUAACUUAAUUUGGGCACUUUGUUUCCGGCCCCAAGCGCUCAGAGCCAUUUAGCACUUCAAUGAGGGUCUUCGUCUUUGUUUCAGACCCCUUAAAAGUCUAAGACGGGAGCACUUAAAUUGGCCCUUCAAAAGGAAACAUGUGGAUAUGAUAAUAUACAAUAAAAUAUCUCUAUGAAAAAGAUGUAUCUGAAACCUAAACACAAAAGGAAGCUAAUGCUUUAGUAUAAGAUUGUUCACACCUUCUAUUUGUAUUUCUUUAGGAAUUGAAUAAGCUAAUUCAGAUUUCAUUUGACGUGAAAAUGGUUUAUGUGUUGUCCAAAUGAUUAAGUAACAAUCAUAUAAGAUAGUAACACGUUUUGCCCUAACUGUGCAUUUGUUUGAACAUCCCAGUCUGUGAUGUGCAUGCAUGCUGCCUAUAGCUGUGAGCCUAGUUAGUUUUUUCUAGCUUCUGUUUGCCUCGUAAGUUCUCUCCGGAGCAGUCUGCUUUUAAAAUCAUAUUUUUAAAAUUUCUAUGUAUAAAGAAGCUGAAUUAUCUCAACCCUCACUAGAGGCUGGCUUCAUGUGCGAGAACUCUAGAGCAAAGGUUGAAUUCAAUUGGAAUGUGAAGCUUUAUUCAUUGCUCUUCAAAGCCCCAAUCCAAAAUGGCGCUCCCCAUUAGUCACCUCUAGGCUAGUUUCUGUAGCUCAGCAUAAUCUCUCAUUGAGCAUUUCUUCCACACUCUUUCUGAAGUUUACUAUCCUCACUCAAAAAGAGUAUCUUACUCGCUAUUAAAAAUGCAAACCCUUUGUGAUUUAAAAAAUCUAAACAACCAGGAUUUUGUUAGCAGGCAAACAACUGCAGCUUCCAUGAAGUUUAACCAACCAAAAUAUGUCAUUGUAACUGUUGGUUUCUCCCACUGUACAAAAUGGAGCUGAAAUAUCCAGAUACGGCCGCUGCCAUCUUGAGCUGGUGACGUCAUUCAUUUCAUGACAUGAACCCCCCUUUUUAUAGUAUCACAUAACUAAUUCAAACUAAACUGAAGAAAAAUGAACACUUAAACAUACUUCAGCAGCCUUUAAUGGACACAUUUACUUAAAGUCACAAAGGGUUCCAAUUUUGACAGAAGGUGUAUAUAAAAAAUAUAUACCAUAUACAACCUUAUAUAAUAGGUCAAUCUAAAAAUAUGGAUAGUAAACCCCAUAGCCAUAUAGAGCAGGUCAACUGGGAGGGCUAGUGAGCUAGGCUGAAACACAGUGUUUCAUUACCCUUUUAAGGUCAUUUUGAAGCUAAACAUUUUUAAAUUAACCUGUGAUUGGGGCUUUAAAGUGUGGAUGAUAUGUCUUGAAGUUCUCCCCCUGACUUUAACCAAUGUAAUUUUUAGAUGUAGUUAAAAUAUGAUCUCACACGUAAGGCUGUUUCUGUUAUUCAGCCGAACAGAGUAUAAGUGUAUUUUAUGAACCCGUCUUUAAUUGUUAAAAGAACGGUCCCUGCUUUGUAGAAUAUACAGACCCAUACAUGCACAAACACAUGCACACACACACGUGAUACAGAAUACAGAACGCCCACAGUACAUGCGUUUCUUGGGGCACAGCCUGCGUGCGGCGCGGCCGUGGUUCAGCCCUUUUUCCUAUUUGUGCUUUUUCAUUCUUGUGCGCGAAACAGUAUUUACCAUGUGGAGAUUCUACCAGGUUCAAGCCAGAAAACUCAAGUGGAAUCAUCUACGUUAUACCAGAAGCUUCUUUUCUGCAAACAUUAUGCAACUCAUUUUCUAUUCAUGUACUUUUUUUAUUUGCUUGAUGUUACAUUAAGGUGUUGCAUUGGAGAGCACCAACUCUUGACUUUGUUUUUCUGUUUGGAGAAAAGUUGUGUUGUAGCAAAACUAUUGUAACAAAGGACCCUGGGUGUCUUUUCACAUGUCCUAAUAAUACUGCAAUGAUCACAUUCUUGUUUUUGCAUAGCAGACUUUCUGUUACACAUUUUGAAUGUUGAUAAUUCAACCUGACAACCUUUAAAUUCCUGCAGAGCUAAGAUGAAAGAUACAAUAAACGGUCGCCCCUGAAAAGCUUUUUGUCCAGAACCUCUGACCUCUUCAGGUCUUGCUGCAUUGCUCCAACACUGACUGUUUGCUCAAAGCACAGUAACAGCCUCGGCUUAAGUGGUGAGAUGAGUUCAUGUCAGCAUCUUCAACAGGUCAGCUGUUGUUUAACGGGUCAGCUCACUCAAAUGUACAAAAAAAGAGUUUUGGUUGUAAAGUGUUUGUUUAGCAAAAUUUAGCAUCUUCUUGCAGAAGUAGUGUCCUUUUGCUUUGGAUAAUCACUUACUGUGAACAGUUUUUGUAGUUAGGUUUAGUUAUUUUAAUGAAAACUAAUAUAAUUGAAAUUCCAUUCAACUCCAUUCUAUCGGGCUGGUGGCAGAAAUCUUAGACAGUGUCAGACUGUCUAGAUACCAGCAGAGGUAAUUACGUUUUCAAUUAAUUAUUACAUGUGUGUAUAUAUAUAUAUUAAGGAGUAUGGUCUAGACCUGCUCUAUUUGAAAAGUGUCCUGAGAUAACUUCUGUUAUAAAUUGGCACUAUACAAAUAAAGUUACAUAUAUAUAUAUAUAUAAUUAUUGUAAUUUGGGUGACCUGACCCUUUAGUGUCUCAGGGUGCCAAUCAUUUGAGCAUGCUCUCUGUAUCACUCUCAAUCAGACCUCUGCCUUCCUUUUUUUUUACUUUGUUUAAGAGUCAAAUAAAAUGUCCCCUAAAAUUAGAUGUUAAUGUCACUUAAAGCUGCAUUCAUUGAUUUUUAGCCACCUGGGGGCAGCAGAGUAAUCAGUUAACACAACACUGUCAUAUUGUCACCUAACAAAUGAGCAAACAGUUGCCUGCUUACACAUCAAGCCGACAGAGAGCAGCAUUAGCAUUCAGUUGGAGAGCUGUUUGUUUCCAUCUGAUGAAUGUAAGUCCAAUAUUCACUCUUUUUUUUAACUCUGUUUUGGCCUCAAACUCCCCCUGAGAAAAAGAUGUGACUCUUUAGCUGCUAAAGGCUCCACUAUGUUCACCAGAUAGAUGCUAACUUUGUAUCUGUGCUGUUUGGUGCUAGGCAGGUAGCGUACAAUGAGUUUGUUAAGGCUUUUUUUGUUGUUGCUAAAAACAGCUAGAAAUGAAUUCCCUGGUUGUAAAACCAAAAACAAACAAAUUCUCUACUGGUUUGUCACUACGAGUAACACCUACCACAUUACACAUGAUCCAUUGUUCAAAUACAAAUAUUGAUUAGUGCAGCUUUAAAUGAUGUAACAGUAAUAAUUCUAUGCAUAGAAAAUUAAAUGAAAUACUUAGAUAUGAGGAAUCCUCCAGGUUACUUUGUGCCAGCCAAACUCUUUUUGGCUGUGGCCAUUGCAGCAGAUUGAUUUAAGUGAACAAUUUCACUGUAACUCUGUUCAUUGAAUGCUCGUUACCAUUUUGCUGUGGAUUUGUCUUGUUUAGUUAAACUUUUUUUUUUGUUGCUGCUUCUCUGAAACAAACACUGGCUUUUCAACUCCAAAGGUUGUUCUGUAAAAUAUGAACAAAAACAUGCCUUUCUCACAGAUUGCUCAACUUUAUUGAAAAAAAAAUAAAUCUGGUAUCCUUCUUGAAAGCGCAGGCUAAGAUCAUCGAGUAAAAUAUAAAAAUGGAAAAUGUUUACAAAUAGGUGUCAUGUCAUGUUUGAUAAUUUGCCAUGUAAAAUUGACGCUUGGUUCAAUUGGAUUGAUUCUUGGUGUUGUGUAAAGAGACAAAGAAUGAGUUUCCUCACCUUGUCUUUAAUCCAACUUUGGGGAUGGGUCAGCAUUACAUGGAUACAAGUGCACCUCCGAUAUUUGCCUUAGAACUUGCAGAGGCCAUAGUUCACAUUCAAGUGAAGUGAGUGUAUGCAGGGGCCUGGGCCCCCAUCCCUGAGUCACCAGUGCGGACUUUCUCACACUUAUCUACCUGUGAAAUCCUUCAUACCUCUCAUAACUGGUCAAUGACUGUAUCAGCAAACUGCAUCAGGUGUUUUUUCUACAUGCUUUUUACACAGAUUAUAUGGAUUAUUGUAUUAGUAGAUCUUGGUGCAUCAUUUUUAAUGUAAUAGCUCUUAAGCUUGUAGUUCAAGUUGUUGUUUUUUUCUUUCAUUUUUCUAGAUGAUUGUUUUGUGUUAAUAUUGUCAAUUUGAAAUAGCUGUUAUUUGCUUAUUCUCUACUAAGAGUUCUUACCUUUAUAAUUUUUAAAUGCUACAUGACCCUAAUGAAUUAAAAUGACUUAAUAACCAUUGUAAAUACGGUAUUGUGCAAACCCCAUUUUCAUUCAUUUCAAUUGCUAGUGUUCUAUAAAUUACUUUUUUGUCUAGACACCAUUUCUCUUUAUGAAAUAAAGAAACGUGCAUAUCA